AUGUCAUCUGGAAAGAAGAAAGGGUUCAAAAUAGAACCCUUCAAGCACCCGGUGAAAAUGGAUCCAAGCUACGGAGAGAAAACCUGGAAGGUGCUUGAGGAUGCCAUUCACGAGAUCAACAAUCACAAUGCCAGCGGCCUUAGCUUUGAGGAGCUCUACAGGAAUGCAUACAACAUGGUCAUCAACAAGUUUGGGGACCGGCUGUACAAUGGCCUUGUAGAGACGGAGACGGCGCACCUGAGGCAGAUUGCUGCCAAGGUGGAGGCAGCACAAGGGGAGGGCUUCCUCAAGGAGCUCAAGCUCCGAUGGGAGCACCACAACAAGAGCAUGCAGAUGGUCAGGGACAUCCUUAUGUACAUGGACCGCAUCUACGUGAAGCACCAGAACAAGGCGCCGGUGACGCAGCUGGGGUUGGAGUUGUGGCGCGACUGCGUGGUGCGGCGGCGCGGCAUCCGCGACAGGAUGCUGGGCAUGCUGCUCGACCUCAUCCAUCGCGAGCGCACCGGGGACAUCGUCGAUCGAGCUCUCCUCCGAGCUGUCACCACCAUGCUUAUGGAUCUAGGCGCCAAUGUAUACUCGGAGGACUUUGAGCAGCACUUCCUCUUGAAGGCAGCCGAGUUCUACCAGAUGGAGGCGCAGGAGUACCUGGCCAGCAGCACGUGCAGCGACUACCUGCGCAAGGCGGAGCGGCGGCUAGCAGAGGAGACGGAGCGCACCUCAAACUACCUGGACCCCUCCUCAGAACCCAAAGUCACCCGCGUCGUCGAGAACGAGCUUGUCAAGAAGCAGAUGCGGGCGCUGGUGGAGAUGGAGGAGUCGGGGCUGGUGCCCAUGCUGGUGGGGGACCGCUACGAGGACCUGGGGCGCAUGUACAGCCUGUUUAGGCGCGUGGAGGGCGGCCUCGAUCUCAUGCGCGGCGUUCUGGGUGACCACGUCAAGGAGACCGGCCGCAAGCUCAUCUCCGACCCCGAGCGCACCAAGGACCCCGUCGAUUUCGUCCACAAGCUGCUCGAAGAGAAGGACAAGUACGACAGGAUUAUCGGCGCUGCUUUCAACAACGACAAGUCGUUCCACAACGUGCUCAACACUGCAUUCGAGCACUUCCUCAACCUGUCGCCGCGCGCCCCCGAGUACAUCUCCCUCUUCAUGGAUGACCAAUUACGAAAGGCGCUGAAGGGCAGCAAUGAGGAUGAUGUGGACGCGACAUUGGACCGGGUGAUGAUGCUGUUCAGAUACCUCCAGGAGAAGGAUGUUUUUGAGAAAUACUACAAGCAGCACCUGGCCAAGCGCCUGCUGUCUGGCCGAGCGGUGUCGGACGAGGCGGAGCGCAGCCUGCUGGUGAAGCUGAAGACGGAGUGCGGGUACCAGUUCACGAGCAAGCUGGAGUCCAUGUUCACCGACAUCAAGACCAGCCGCGACACGAUGCAGGACUACAAAGCCAGCCGACGAGCCGCAUCCUCCUCAGCCGACGACGCCGACAUUGACCUCUUCGUGCUGACGACGGGGUCAUGGCCGACGCAGACGGCGGCCAAGUGCAACCUGCCCCGCGAGCUGGAGCGCUGCUGCGAGGAAUUCAAGGCCUUCUACCUCGCCUCCCACUCCGGCCGCAAGCUCUCCUGGCAAACCAACAUGGGCCAUGCCGACAUGAAGGCGAGCUUUGGCGAGAAGCGGCACGAGUUGAACGUGAGCACAUACCAGAUGGUGAUUCUGCUGCUCUUCAACGAGGCCGACAGCCUCAGCUACCGGGACAUCCUGGGCGCCUCCGGCAUCCCACCUGCCGACCUCAAACGCUCCCUGCAGUCCCUCGCCUGCGUCAAGGGCAAGAAUGUGCUGCGAAAGGAGCCCAUGAGCAAGGACAUCGGGGAGGCGGAUGUGUUCCAUUACAACGCGGGCUUCCAUUCCAAGUUCUACAAGGUCAAGAUCGGCACCGUCAGCGCGCAGAAGGAGACCGAGCCCGAGAAGCAGGAGACUCGCCAAAAGGUGGAGGAGGACAGGAAGCCGCAGAUAGAAGCGGCGGUGGUGCGCAUAAUGAAGGCGCGGCGAGUGCUGGACCACAACAGCAUCGUGGCCGAGGUCACGCGCCAGCUCAGCGCGCGUUUCCUGCCCAACCCCACCGUCAUCAAGAAGCGCAUUGAGUCCCUCAUCGAGCGCGAGUUCCUCGAGCGCGACCCCAAUGACCGCAAGCUCUACCGCUACCUCGCCUGAUCUGCCGCCGCCCCUAUUCUGGCGCGGCCUCCCGCGCCUGAUCUGGCGCGAAGUCCUGAUUUGGUUCGGCCCACCGGCCGCCAGAACAGGCAUCGGCGUCCGCUCAGCCGCCACAUCAGCGCCCGGCUGGUGCUCGUGUGUGGGCCAUGCAGCGAGGCCUGCUUCGGCCGCCACCGAGCUGGCGGCGGCGGCUCUUUGCGGCUGGCAGAGGUGGUCAGAGGCUGUUGAGCAUGUGACAGCUCAGGCCGUGGGCUGUGCGAUUGGCCUCUUGUUGCGUUGGGGUCUGUAGAGCGGGGUCUGCUUUUCUCUUAAGUUGAAGCUAGCACCGCUGGUCAGAGAGUGGUUCUGGUGUGAGGUCAGGCGCUGUGCCCUGAUGGUGCGCCUCAUGUUCCCUGGCCAUGUACUAAUGAGGGGUAAUUCCGUCCAGCAAGAACAACCUCUUCAGUGACUAGUGAGGUUGCUGAACAGCGCUUGCGGGCUGCUGCAGAGUCUGCAGUCAUGUAGCAAUAGGCGCAGGUUGCUGCAAUCAGGCAACAAUCGAUGAUGCACCGAUGCAGGAACUGGCUCAAACGUUUGAUGACAUGCGCCAGCGGGCGCACACUUAAUGACAUUGGAUGACUGUCUUCCCUGAAUGCUGCACAGCAGUUGCAAUGCUACGGUGCAUAUGUGGUCAUUGCAGUGAUCAAGGCCUGCUGCUCAUUCUGUACACGAGGCCAUAAAAAAAAUUUACACCGGACUUUCAGCUGCAGCUGCUGCAACCAUGCACAAGCCAUCCAUGUAAUUGAGCUGCACCUGAACACCACCUACAAGGACAAAGCUUACUACGUAAAUGUAUGUACUGAAUCACUGUUUGCCUAAUUGCGACACUGAAUCCAAGUUCUGCUGUGCAAUAGUCAGUCGUACUACUCUUGCACUUGCCAAACCUUAAGAAAGCAGCUGUCUAAGGCUCCACGGUAAAACAAAUGUAGACACGUCAUCAAUGCGAUUGUCUGCUCCUAUUGGAAACAUUGAUUGGGAUCAUGAUAAACUCUGGCAUGCAUGCUCGCAUGCAGAUUCACAAACACAGUGCACGCACCGCACCCCUGAACCUGGGCCCAAAUUGAACUUCACCCUCUGUCAAGCCCCACCACAUGCACCUUGACAAGUCUCACUCUUUUUGCACUUACUGUACGUACAUCAUCUCAACUCCACCUUCAGCCCUUUUGAACUUAGACAGGCACAGAACCCAUUGAUUUCCUUGUCCUUUGCUGACCCCAAAAUCCUGCUCGCAAGUCAUGCGUGCAUCAACAAACCGCCUUGGCCGGGCCAAUACUUUUGCUUCUGCGCUGGUGCAAAGUAGGAAAAUGUCACUAGCAGCAUCGUGCAGUUGAAGUCCUAGAGAAAAUACUCAUUCCAUUCGUGAUGCACAGAUCUGAGUGAUAUGUUGCAAGAAAAAGCCUAAGG